AUGGCCAGCAAAGAAGCGACUGUCUACAUUGUCGAUGUCGGUAAGACGAUGGGAGAGCGGCAGAAUGGCCGAAGUCAGACGAAUCUCGAUUUUGCCUUGGAAUACGUCUGGGACAAGAUCACGGCUACAAUUGCGACUAACAGAAAGACUGCGAUGGCUGGUGUCAUUGGUUUGCGAACAGACGAAACGGACAAUCCGCUGGGUGACGAAGACGAAUAUCAUCACAUCAAAAUCUUGCAUCCCAUCAGUCAAAUUGUCAUGUCGGACGUUCGAAAACUUCGGAAUGACCUGAAACUCAGCAAAACCGGCGAGGGCGAUGCGACCUCAGCAUUGGUGGUUGCCAUACAAAUGAUCACCGAGACGUGCAAGCAGCUCAAGUACCUGCGAAAAAUCGUUCUUGUCACAGACGCUCGCGCCAACAUGAUCACCGAUGAUCUCUCGCAUAUCACAGAGAAGAUCAAGUCGGACAGCAUCGAACUCGUUGUGCUCGGAGUUGACUUUGACGAUGCAGAAUACGGCUUCAAGGAAGAGAACAAGGAUCCACUCAAGAAGGAACACGAGGCUGUUUUGAAGACACUCUGCGCAGACGGCAAAGGCCUGUUCGGCACGAUAGCUGAAGCGAUUGACGAAUUGCAGACCCCACGAACGAAAUCUGUAAGACCGACACCAAGCUACAAAGGUUUCCUGACCUUGGGCAACGUGGAGCUGCACGACGAUGCGAUGAUCAUCGAUAUCGAGCGGUAUCCCAAAGUGAUGGUUGCAGCUGCACCUUCAGCUAGCAAGUUUGUCGUGCGAAGCGGAGGGCAUGAAGCGACACAAAGCACACUGGUGGGCGGCGAGAAUGGGACGCAAGACGGCGGUGAUGGCCUAGCGGCGAUCCACAAUGCUCGGACUUACCAGGUUGAUGACGAGAACGCACCCGGUGGCAAGAGAGAUCUAGACAGAGAGGAGCUUUCCAAAGGCUACGAAUAUGGCAGGACGGCAGUCCACAUCUCAGAGAGCGAUCAGAAUGUCACGACUUUUGAGACGAAACAAAGUCUGGACAUUGUCGGUUUUGUCGACAAGAACCAGUACCAACGCUAUCUCGAUCUUUCGAAAGCCUGCAUGAUUGUGUCACAGAAGAACAACGACAAAGCAUCCAUGGCACUUUCGUCCUUCAUCCAUGCACUACACGAAUGCGAAUCAUACGCAAUCGCUCGAUACGUACGCAAAGAGAACUCUGAACCCAGAAUGCUCCUGCUCUGUCCGAACGCUGAGCCCGAGUUUGAAUGCCUGUACGACGUUGAAUUACCCUUCGCGGAGGACCUUCGAAGCUACAAAUUCCCACCUCUCGAUCGCGUCCUCACCGUGAGCGGAAAGGAGAUCAAAGCACACCGCAAUCUUCCCAGCGACGAUCUACUCGAGGCCAUGAGCGACUACGUCGACAAGAUGGACCUCUCAAAACUCGUCCCCCAAGAAGAAGGCGACCCAACAGAAUACGCCCCGAUGGACGAAACCUACAACCCGCACCUCCACCGUCUUCAUCAAGUCAUCAAACACCGCGCAGUCUUCCCCGAAGCCGACCCACCACCUCCCUACGAAAUCUUGGGCAAAUACUCCCACCCUCCCGAAGAAGUCCUCACCAAGUCCAAGCCCGCCCUAGACCAUCUCCUUGCCAAAGCCGAAGUUAAGAAGGUCCCUCCCAAAGCCAAGGGCAAGCGCGGAAACCGCAAACCUCCCUCCGCGCCACUCUCGAACCUCGACGUCGCGGCUCUCCUCGCUCAAGACCCCAAGCGCAAGUCCCGACGCAUCGACCCGAAGAAUGCCGUUGCGGAAUUCAAGCAGAUGUUGGAGAGCACAGACGACAUCGACGAGAUGAAGAAUGCAUUCAAGCAGUUAAAAUUCAUCAUCCUGGAUGAGAUCAAGCACUCCGUCGGAGAGAACAAGUAUGGCCAAGCGUUGGAGAAUAUCUACGUGAUGCGAGAGCAGGCGGUUGAGUUUGAGGAGCCGGGGCUGUAUAAUGACUUCUUGCACGAGUUGAAGGACAAGAUCUUUGGGAAGGAGCUCGGUGGAGAUCGGGGCGCGAUGUGGUAUCGAGUGAGGAGGGACAAGCAGGGAUUGAUUUUGAAAGAGGAGGCGAGUACAAGUGAGGUUACGGUUGAGGAGAACAAGAAGUUUAUGAUGCCGCCGUCGAGCACGUGA